AUGAAGGGUGUCCAGUCGACAGAAUUCUCACAAGAAGAAGUGGUUGCCAAGGAUAACCAUCGUCGCAAUCAGCAGUGUCAACUAGUCUGCUUGAUUGAUGUCAUUGGAUAUCUCUACGAUGGCGGAGCGGAGAAUGACGGGGCUCCACAACAAUCCACAGCAUCGAAAGGCGAUGAACUCUACCUAUGUCGAUUGCAGGGACACUCCUACCACAAAAGUCGAGCUGGAUACCGAAUCGAGUUGCCACAGCCCUUUGCUAAUACCCACCGCGAGGAACUGGAUGAAGCAGAUGCCACCAUUUGCAUUUCCAAAGGAUACGUCGAUGGCAACAGUCACAGAGUUGUCAUUGACGAAGAUGCAGCAGUUUCUAUGAUCUCGAACCGUCGCCGACUCAGUGGCCACCUGGCUCCCAUUGCGGGGAAAAGAAACGUGCUGGCAGUGCAACUCACAACUAGUAUGAACGAGCACCCAGAACUGUCCAUGGUAGAUAUUCAAGGAUCCAUUUUUGGCACUGGAUCUAGAGCGCCCGGCCAUGAUUUUGCAUCUCAGUACCGAGAUUGUUCCUUUGGAGCUUUGGACUUUCAACCGGCAACUGGUAACAAUAUUCAAAAUGGGGUAACACACGUGAGAAUGCAAAAGCCUGUCGCCGGAGGAGAAAUCCUUGGAUCACUUCAAGAUGACAUUUUGGAAGCAACUGAAGAACGAGUUGGUUCUCUGGAUCAGUUUGAUCACAUCAUUUACUGCAUUCCUGACGAUGCGCUUAUGGAUGGAAGUUCCAAGUGGACAGCCUUUACAUACUUCCACUCUCAUUGGAGUUUCUUCCAAAAGCGCCGAUGUUCAGCCAUGUCUGUUGUCAUCCAUGAGCUUGCCCACAAUCUAGGAUUUCGACAUUCAGGGUUUGAAUCAGAAUCAUAUGGCGAUGAAAGUGGUUACCUUGGCUUUACUGUGUACAAAGUCGGGUCUCCGUUGAAGUGCUUCAAUGGCCACAAAAACUGGAUUUCUGGUUGGUUCCAGGACAGGGCAGUGCACAUUGACCCCAUUGUAGAGUCUUCUCGACUGUUUCGGCUCGUCACAUUCGUGGACUACGACAAACCAAUGCACCAGUCGGAUGUUGUCCUUAUCAGGGUGGGGAACUACUACGUUCAAUACAACCGAGCCAAAGGAAUCAACAUUGAUACCGGUAUGAAUGCUGAUACGGUCACCAUCACAUACGCAAGAGAUCAUGUUUCAGACUCGGAAGCCAUUGCUGGCCUCGCAUCUGGCCAAGCACAACAACUAAGCAACUACAAGGGAACAGGACUCGAUCUUGUUGUCGAGGUUUGCGAGGUGGGUACUGCAGAAGGAGCUUCGUCCGUCAUUUCAAUGGCACGACAAGCCAUUUUUGGAGAAACCCUUUCGCCGUAUUCUCCCAUUGACUACGCGUGGGUGAGCAUUUACCUUGACGAUGGCGUGCAACAAUCCAGGUGCCAUCAGCUCGGGCGCGAUCCAACUAGGGAACCUUCUGCUGCUCCUACUUCAGCUUCGCCAACGCUGAGACCGACAUUAUCACCUACUCAAUUGCCGACUUUGUCACCCACUCAAAGUCCAUCAGAGCCAUCAGCAUUCCCGUCAUCCCUCCCAUCAUCAGCCCUCCCAUCAUCACCACCCACAGUGGAUUCCCCAACACCCGCCCCAACAGACAGGGAAGUCAUACAGGGUGGCAUUAUAGAGAUCGAGUGGCCGGCUCUCGAAAGACGACAAAAGCGACGACAAAUCAUCACUGUCAAGGACAUGACCAAACUGGCAAAACGGGAGAACGACAGUUUGCACCGUAGACGGCGGCUAAGGGGUGUUUGA